CCGCCACAGCAGCCGCCUCCGGGAGCGUUUGAGGAGUCGCGGGCCGCCGCAGGCUCGGGCGCCGCACCGCGCCGACCGGAGCCGCCGGACGAGGCCCGGGGAGCCGCUCGCGCCGACCCCGCCGCCCGAUGUCCUCAAGAUGGAGGCAGCGGGGGCGGCGACGUGAAGAGAGCGGCGCUGUGGGCGCGGGAGCGGGGGCCCGGGCGGCCCGGGCGGAGGCGGUGCCGGGAUGGGGCUGCUGCUCAUGAUUCUGGCGUCGGCCGUGCUGGGCUCCUUCCUCACGCUCCUCACCCAGUUCUUGCUGCUGUACCGCAAGCAGCCCGAGCCGCCGCCGGACGAGGCGGCCCGCGCGGGCGACGGCUUCCGCUACAUCAAGCCGGUGCCGGGCCUGUCCCUGAGGGAGUACCUUUAUGGCGGCGGCGGCGGGGCCGAGGAGCCCUCCGGCGGGCCCCCCGAGGGCGGCGCGACCCCGGCCCCCGAGACCCCCGCCCCGCCGACGCGGGAGACCUGCUACUUCCUCAACGCCACCAUCCUGUUCCUGUUCCGGGAGCUGCGGGACACCGCGCUGGCCCGCCGCUGGGUCACCAAGAAGAUCAAGGUGGAGUUCGAGGAGCUGCUGCAGACCAAGACGGCCGGGCGCCUGCUGGAGGGGCUGAGCCUGCGGGACGUGUUCCUGGGCGAGACCGUGCCCUUCAUCAAGACCAUCCGGCUCCUCCGGCCGGUGGUGCCCUCGGCCGGCGGAGAGCCGGACGGCCCCGAGGGGGAGGCGCUGCCCGCCACCUCCCCGGAGGAGCUGGCCUUCGAGGCGGAGGUGGAGUACAACGGCGGCUUCCACCUGGCCAUCGACGUGGACUUGGUCUUCGGCAAGUCGGCCUACCUGUUCGUCAAGCUGUCCCGAGUGGUGGGGAGGCUGCGCUUCGUCUUCACUCGCGUGCCCUUCACCCACUGGUUCUUCUCCUUCGUGGAGGACCCGCUGAUCGACUUCGAGGUGCGCUCCCAGUUUGAAGGGCGGCCCAUGCCCCAGCUCACCUCCAUCAUCGUCAACCAGCUCAAGAAGAUCAUCAAGCGCAAGCACACUCUGCCGAGUUACAAGAUCAGGUUUAAGCCGUUUUUUCCAUUCCAAACCUUGCAAGGAUUUGAAGAAGAUGAAGAAGAACAUAUCCAUAUACAACAGUGGGCACUUACCGAAGGCCGUCUCAAAGUUACAUUGUUAGAAUGUAGCAGGUUACUCAUUUUUGGAUCCUAUGACAGAGAGGCAAAUAUUCACUGUACGCUUGAGUUGAGCAGUGGUGUCUGGGAAGAAAAACAGAGGAGUUCUAUUAAGACGGUUGAAUUAAUAAAGGGGAAUUUACAGAGUGUCGGACUUACGCUUCGUCUUGUCCAGUCAACUGACGGGUAUGCUGGGCAUGUCAUAAUUGAGACUGUGGCCCCAAACUCACCUGCUGCACUCGCAGACCUUCAACGGGGAGACCGACUCAUUGCUAUUGGAGGUGUGAAAAUCACCUCUACCCUGCAAGUGUUGAAGCUGAUCAAGCAGGCCGGCGACCGGGUCCUGGUGUAUUACGAAAGGCCCGUCGGCCAGAGCGGCCAGGGCACGGCCCUGCAGGAUCAUUUCGGACAGCUGGAGGAACACUUCCUGUCGGCCUCAUGCCCACCGAACUAUGAGGAGGAGACACCUGCCUUGGCAGCGGAUGCUGAGAACAGAGAUUUGGACUCUGAAUUUGAAGACCUGGCAGGUGAUGUCCGAGCACAAACUGAGCUCAAAGAUGAGGCACCGUCAUUAAGUCACAGUCCCAAACGUACUCCAACAACACUUUCUGUUAAACCCCUUGGAACGAUAUCACCGGUUUUAAACCGUAAACUAGCUGUAGGAAGUCACCCACCCCCACCAAAACCUCCAUGCAAAGAAGGAAAUAAACCCUCAGCCCUAAAAGCUCCUGAGGUAACAGACCCGACACAAGUGUCAAAACCCACCCAAGGAUCCACUUUCAAACCACCCGUCCCACCGCGACCACAGGUGAAAGUCCCUUUGCCUUCUGCCGACGCCCCGAGUCAGACAGAACCAGAUGUGCCCGCUGAAAAGCCAGAAAAGGUGCUGCCUCCUCCUCCUGCAGAUAAACCUGCUGAGAAGCAAGCAAAAACUACAGAUCACACGGAAGACACGGCUGCAUCGAAGCAGUUUUUAGCAAAGCAGGACGUGGUGAGAGAUUUUCCGUCAGAAAGUUCCUGCCCUCCCAAGGACAGUGCAGAUGACCCCCGGACAUGGGAAUCGUCAGAAAUCCCUUACCGAAAUAAGCUAGGAAAAUGGACCAGAAGCAGAGCGACCUGUCUCUUUGACAUAGAAGCCUGCCACAGGUACUUGAACGUUGCCCUGUGGUGCAGGGAUCCCUUCAAGUUAGGGGGUCUUAUCUGUCUGGGGCACGUUAGCUUGAAACUCGAAGACGUGGCUCUAGGAUGCCUGGCGACAUCAAACAUGGAAUACUUUUCAAAGUUCCGACUGGAAGCCCCCUCACCUAAGGCGAUGGUCACGAGAACCGCCCUGCGCAGUCUGAGUGUGCAGAAGGGAUUCAAUGACAAGUUUUGCUUUGGUGACGUUACUAUUCACUUCAAAUACUUGAAAGAAGGCGAGCCAGACCACCCUGUAGUCCCUACCUUAGAGAAAGAGAAAGACCUCCAUUUGAUCGAAGAGGUUCCCGCCCUACCCAAAGAGGAGCAUCUCGUUGGACAGAUGGGCUUGACAGAAAACAAACACAGUUUCCAGGAUACUCAGUUCCAGAACCCGACUUGGUGUGAUUACUGUAAGAAAAAAGUGUGGACUAAAGCUGCCUCCCAGUGUAUGUUCUGUGCUUACGUCUGCCAUAAAAAAUGUCAGGAAAAGUGUCUAGCCGAGACUCCUCUCUGCGGAGCAGCUGAUAGGCGGAUAGACCGGACCCUGAAAAACCUCAGGCUGGAAGGACAGGAAGGCUUCUUAGGCCUGCCUCCUCGUGUCGAUGCUGAAGCUAGCAAGUCAGUCAACAAAACGACAGGUUUGACAAGACAUAUUAUCAACACGAGCUCCCGUUUGCUAAAUCUGCGCCAGGUCUCUAAAACUCGCCUUUCCGAACCGGGAACUGAGCUGGUGGAGCCUUCACCAAAACACACACCCAACACCUCAGACAACGAAGGCAGCGACACAGAGGUGUGUGGUCCGAACAGUCCUUCUAAACGGGGAAACAACACAGGAAUCAAGUUGGUGAGAAAGGAGGGUGGUCUGGACGACAGCGUUUUCAUUGCAGUUAAAGAAAUCGGCCGCGAUCUGUACAGGGGUUUGCCUACGGAGGAGAGGAUCCAGAAACUUGAGUUCAUGCUGGAUAAACUGCAGAAUGAAAUUGACCAGGAGCUGGAACACAAUAAUUCCCUUGUUAGAGAAGAAAAGGAAACAACCGAUACAAGGAAAAAAUCACUUCUUUCUGCCGCUCUGGCGAAAUCAGGUGAAAGACUACAAGCCCUGACGCUUCUCAUGAUCCACUACAGAGCAGGCAUUGAAGAUCUGGAAUCUUUAGAAAGUCUGUCUUUAGACCAGCCCUCCAAAAAAAUAAGCAAGUACACAGAUGAUACAGAAGAAGAUCUUGAUAAUGAAAUAACCCAGCUGAUCGACUCCCAGCCAUUCAGCAGCAUAUCAGAGGGCUUGUUUGGCCCAUCCGAGUCUGUUUAACAGACAGCCUGCUUAAAUACUCUCAAGCGAUUGGGGAAAAGUCGCAUCUAAAGUACCACAGAUAAACCACGUUUUAAACCCUCUUACAAAGCACUUCGGCCCACUGCUCCACAGUCAUUUGCUUGCGUAGGAACAAGAGUGAAAAAGGUGGUUUUCCAGCGAAAACAUGACCAGCUCACUAAAAUGGUUGUUUCGGAUUGCAUUUAUAGCUAUGCUUUUUUGGGUUUAUACUGGGAAUUUAUUUUUACUAAUUUAUUUUUAACUUUUUCUAAUUAUGUAAUUAUGUAAGCUAACUUUUCAUGUUUAUGUAUGUGUGAUGUCUCGUGUUAUUUUUCUUCAUCUUAGUUUCUGAAUUAGUGUUAUGUAGGAUACUGUCCAAACUCUUGAACUGUUUUCAUUUCCAUCACGGUUCUAACGAGUUUGCUGCCCAGAUUGACAACGGCAAUCACUGAGGGAACAGGUUUUGAAUCUUUGUGUUAGGAAGCUUAUCAUCUCCACUUGCUCGAGAUUUUUGUUGUUUUGGGGCUUGGGGGGCGGGAGGGGGGGUUGUUUUUGCCAAAUGUAACAAAAGCCGAUGCUGUGGCUUUAGUCAGUUACACUGAUUUAGUAUUAAAAAAAGAAAAAAAAUUACAUAUAUUGCUUGCUUUCUAUUCUGUGAAUUUUUUUCUAGUUUUUGUGCAGUUUUAGUGAGAAUAUAGUUAUUAAUUUGAAGAGGUUGCAUUGCAAAACAAAACGUAAUAGGGAAUAAAGAAUGCAGUUGGGCAAGAAUUUUUUAGGCAAGAUCACUAAAAAACAGUAACUGGUAGGAUUUUGAAGUCUCAUCUUUUAAAUGGAAGUUCUGAACAUUUAUGAUUUUUUUUUUUUCCAUCUUUAGUUCUCCCAUGGGAAAUAAAGCAUGUCAAGGAUGAAGUUUCAGAGGCCUGUUCUUAAAAUGACCGUGUUGAUAACGGACUUUGGCUGUUUUGUUUUAGAAACCUUUUCGUGCGGGAGGAUGUUGUGAAGGAGAGGAAUCACGCAAGAUAGAUUGAUUUAUCGCUUCUCUGACCUGCUGCAGGUUAAAGGAGUAGUGAUUCCUCGGGGUGCUUCUGCAGUGCUAUCUUCAUUCGUUUAAAAAAUGAAAACAAAAAUUAACAGUACAGUACAUAGGACUUGGGGUCAGUUCUCUGAUGACAAGGAUCUAUUUGGAUACUCGGUCCGUCGUGUAGACCCCACUAACGCGUGGCCACUAUUGGUUAUACCAUAGAAGUUCUGGCCUUUUAUAGGUCUAUUUUCCUUCCGUAGGGAACUACUCUGAUAAUUGAUCCAUAGAAACUGACAUGAUAAUUUUGAAUCCAGAUGGGACAGUUUCGAUGGCAUAGUAAAUUAGUAAGGGUUCUGGUCCAGGUCUCCAGCCUAGGACUCCAGAGGAAAGUUUAAGUUCAGACUCUUCCACUGGCCACGAGUGAACUAAGCACAAGAGUGUUGUGUGCCAGUCUCCCCCGCUCCGAAGUAGGAACAGACGGUACUUUACCUCACAGGAUCAUCGUGAGGAGAACAGAACGGCAAAAGUGUUCCGAACAGUAUAAAGCUAUUCAAAAAGAGUACGACUCUUACGGAGCACAGAAACAUGUUUGAGGGUAGAAAAGUUAUUCCACUUUUAGAAUCAAUGGCCAGUUCUCAUUCUUGCUGUUUUUUAUGAAGUGAAAUAUUAGGAAAUACGUUUAUUGGCCAAGUUUAUAGAACAAAAGUCUGUGUAGCCCGUUUUGUUUAGUUAAGCAUGCUUGCAUUUUAAAUGAACGCUGCUGUAGAAGUCUUUUACACCAACUUCUCUGAAAGCUAAAAAUGGUUCUGUAACAUAUGCUUGAAACAGUGUGCCCAACGUAAUAACCAACUUUUAUAAAGAAAUAACUUACCAGUGAUAACCUGGAAGGUCAGUGUCUGUAAGUGGCUGGUGUUGAUGGACAGAUGACACCACAGAAGCUUUAGUGACAGCCAGGCAUGCUGCUGAAGCUGGUGCGUUUGAAAAGAGCUGCAGGAAUAACGCAAAGUCUUGGUUUCCUAAAAAUCUCCUGUUUCAAAAGUAUUUAACUCUGUAGAACCACAAUUACGAAAAGCUCGGUAAUGCUGCUGAUUAUAUUUGUAAAAUCUACCUUUAAUGUAGUGCAAUAUUUUUAUAUCUACUGAGGUAGUGGCAUCACGGCUGUACUUGAGUGCAGGGGAGGGGGGUCACUACAAGCAGCCUAGGGGUAGUGAGGGGUAAGGCUUCUGAAAUAAUUGUAUUCUAUUACAUUCCUGAUGUAAUCUUGCUGCCAUGCUAUGUUAUCAAUAGCUAAAAAAUAAUAAAAAGAACUACCACAGAAAACAAGAAUAUCUUCAUUUGCUAACCUCUGAACGAGGGGAUUGGCUACAUCUCUGGAAUCAUCGCCGGGUAGAAUUCGGCCAUGCAAACAAGGUCUUCACAAAGUCCUCUCUUGCUGAACAAAAUUGCUAGUUUGAAAUCAGCCUAAAAGCAUUAAAUUCCGGUGGUGGUUUGGUUUUUUUUUUUUUUUUUCUUAACCCUAUUAGGAAUUAGACUGUUUUCUGCAUUUCUGAUAUUUAGAUGGAGGAUUAGGUUAGACAAGCUGAACAACGUGUUAGCAUUAUUUGGGAAUCAGAAUUAUGCUGUGAAUUAUCACUAUGCAAAAGAGCUGCGUGAUAUAUUUACUUUCAUCAGAUGUACUUGUUCACAGCAGUCAGGAAAACAAUCUAACCUUAGAAAUGCAGGGAUAACUUACUGGGCUUUUCCACAAUGACAUUAUGUGACUGGUUACAGAUUUCAGUUGAAAGCAAAUUUUGUUUCCAGAGCCAAAAAGUAGGGUUUCAGACUAACGAGUGAAUUUUACCUGAUGCCUGUAAGCAGAGAAGAAUAGUUCUUAAUUAGGUAUUCACAGUCAAGACAAUACCUUAAAAUGUAUUUUAUUCCAGCUAUAAUGUCUGGUUUAUAAAGAAACACACACAGGCACAGUAGUGUUCAGAAGAUUUAUUAAGGAAACGAGCUAAAACAGGCACAUACACUUAGCAGUCGAAAGAACUGAGUAUUCUUUGCUACCUCAUUAGUGGUUUUGUAUCUGUUUGCCAGGUACAAACAUAACCCACCUCUGCUCAAAAAAAUCAAACGUUCAGGGAGCUGUAUGUUCUUUGUUCUGAUACACACAUUAAAAGAAGAAAAAAAAAGCGUCACUUCAUAGUCUUGCUAACCCCAGGAUAUCAGUCCUAUAAAAGACCUUGCAAUUUUACCCCCUCAGAUAUAAUGGAUACCUUUGCUGCUAAAACGGUUUUGAAAAACUCCCGUAUCUUUUGUCUUCUCUCUGGAGAUCAACAGUGGGCAUGCCUCUGCCGGUCAUUCUUGAAGAGACUGAAGCCUUAGAGGCAAGAAUAAAAUUGGAAUAAAGCAUUGUGGUCAGGGAGAGCCACAAACCCUCUAAGAGAAUCAACCCCUAGCACGUUCCCCAAGGGGGUCCCCCAAGGGAGAAAACAACCGUAGGAAAGCGCUUCCCCAUCCAUCUUUACAGAGUCACAGAUUUGUUUUAAGUUGCCCAAGGCAAGUAUGUGAAGUUCAUUUGCUUCCAUCGCUGCCCUUGAAAACCAGAUUUCAAAUCAUUCAAAACCCCACAGAAAAGCUUCCUAAAGCAAAUGGAAACCGGAUUAGCUACUUCUAGAGAAUUACAAGGUUGAGGUUGAGGAGUCCUCGUUCUCAAGUUCUUGGCUCCUUGUCCAAGUUAACAGAAACACAGUAUUAGCUUAACAAAGAACAGACAUUAGGUAAUUUCUGGUUACAGAGCUACAGAGUUCACAAGUAUUUGCGACAUUCUACACUAUCCGCGCACUCCAAUCACCUCUACAAAACCUGAUGUCAACUGACGAUACUAUUAACACAGUAUUUGCUGUUGAAAAGGCACAUCAAUGUUGUCAUGCUUAGAAAAACCACGUCGCACAACACGAUACGAGAAUACAUACGCCUUUCUAGAUGUUUGGGGUUUUUCUGUCUUUGAAAGGGGAUGUGUCCUGACCACUUUUUUUUUUUUUUUUUUAACCUGUUUUCCCUAAUGUGAUUCAAGAUUUCUUUCCUCCAUCUUCCUUUAAAAUUUGUCGAUUUGAACAACUUUCAGAAGUCUAAAAAAUAAUAGUUACAGUUGAAAAUUUAACAGAUACCUAGAAAACACUUGGAUGGCCUCUUAGCAGGUCAAAGGUACGUGGUCUGAUUUUUUCACAUCAUAGCAGCGAUUAGCCUUUUAAAUGUCUAAAACUUGAACGAGACGUUAAUAUAGCUAUCCUGCUUAAUCUUGUCUGUAUAAGGGAUCUCUACCCUCACUUUUCUUUCAUCCAGUAAGACAAUCCAGUAUAUAUCUUAAAGGGAAAGCUAGUUCUACAACUAUACUUUGGGUGCUUUUCUCCGCUUUUGAACUAUUUUCUAGUUUUCUCCUUCUGGCUCUAGUGCCUGCUGCCAGCCACGUGACUUGUAAACAUGUAAUUUGAAACCAUCUGUUUCCAGGUAGAUGGUUACACAGAAAACUAACGCCAGCUACGAUUUAUGGGUAAGUCCAUAAAAUGACGGACUCAAGUUCCUGUCCUCUGCAUUUGAGAUAACUAGCUUUUAACUCAUAAAUAUGUUGAUAGUAAUUACAAGUUAACCACACGCAGCGUCACUACGUAAUAUGCUGUCUUAUUUGAUUCUGUUUUUCAGACUUCCUUCUGGUUUCUCAGUGUUGGAAGUGUCUCGGAGAUAAUGUGUGCUUUAAUUUUAAACACCCAUUACCAAUAUUCAGAAAAAAUACACGAUUCUUUUGCCCAAGUGUUUAUGAAUGUAAGUUUUUUAAAAAUUAUAUUUGAUCUGGAUUCAAAUAUUUAUAGAUUUACACUAUAUUUCGUCAAAAUAUAUUGUAUAAUAUUGAAUAAAAUCAAAUACAUAAAAUAAAGUUUUCAACACUAUUUAUACAAACCCCUAGAAAAGCUGCUUUUUCUUUAUAAGGCUGUUGGCAAUUGAUCACAACCACGGAGAAGAAUGAAUAACCUUUGGUUGUUUGGCUUUCGCCAGGGGCGAUGGUGCGACUAAGUUCUGGAGAAGUCAUUUCACUGGUAACACUGUUUUGUACAAAUAAAUACUUUGACGACUUUUGAGGAUCUCAGUCACUUUCGGAUUCUUCAUCCUCACCUAUCGGAUACGACUGGAUGUUAUUCUGGGUGUACAUCUUUGUCUUAAUGGGGCAGUUGUGAUCCAUGAGAAUAGCCUGAAAGACAGCAGAGUGCACAUACGGUGAUCUUGUUUCACAAAGAUAAGACGGUUUUCACCUACCAUUUUUGACCAUCACUAGUUUGAAGGCUGUAGAUGGCACCACCCCGUGGGAACCAGUCCUUAGGGGCAACUGCCAGGUUGCCUGGCCCGGAAGCUGCGGGGUUGGACGCUCCAGGAGGAUCCCAGGCAACAGGAGAGACUGCAGAAGUGGUUUCUGCCUGGGCCACGGGCACCCUAAAGCCAUGCAGCAAGGGCUUGUGCGGGUUACGUUUAGGAAGAGUUCUUUUUUUGUUUGUUUGUUUUGUUUCUUUUUCAGAGAAAGAGACAUCAUGAGUGGGGGAGGGGCUGAGAGAGAGGGAGACACGGAAUCCAAAGCAGGUUCCAGGCCCUCAGCUGUCAGCACAGAGCCCGAGGCGGGGCUCGAACUCCUAGACCGCAAGAUCAUGACCUGAGCCGAAGCUCUACGCUUAACCGACGGAGCCACCCGGGCGCCCCCGUUUAGGAAUUCUGUUUGGAAUCUCGGAAUUGGGGGGAUGCUGGAGUCACACGGCGCCAAAUGUUCACUGUGGCAACACCCUUAAUCGGCACGCUCUGUCCCUAACGAGGCAAACUCCCACGCUGGAAAUGUACCUCCACUGUGUAUGUAUGUGGAUCUGGUUCUGAUCGCAGCCAUCUUCGCAGGCCGCCCUUCCGGUAUUUUCAGGCCACAGCCGAGGUCCCUUAGAUUUCCCUGCACUAGACAUCACAGGGCCCGUAUGUUUUCAUAAAUGACAUUUCCAGAGCACCUCUCCUCCAAAUCCUAGAGGUCUUCCUCUUGUCCAAAUAAAUGUAGGAUUUAAAAAAAAAAAAAA